AUUGAUGGUAGAUACUGGGACUUGCUGGGCAUAAUACAAACUUUUAGGCUAGUAACUACAGUGACCUAGAAAAGAUGCGAAAUUUCCUUCUGAGACUUGCUGGCCGACUGGAGAGUUCGCCGAAUGGUGCAUGAGGACCGCUGUCACGACUUACGUUCCGAGUUUUGCGUCCCAGCGCCCUUUUCUACCCCGAGGGACCACACUCCCGGACGGACCCCGUGAAGCCGUCUCUGGAAAACCUUGACCGAGUCUUUGUGCGAGCGUCAUCGCUCGUGCUCGAAGAGCGGGGGCGCGCCUCGACCUGCGAAGCGCUCGAUAACAUUUAGUGGACUGCAUCACCAGCAGUGUCGCCUUCCUACAACCUCGGACUCCUUCCGUUUUUGUCGAGGUACCACGUUUGUCUUCCAACGCGCACUCCUAGCUCGAUCUGCGUGUCAGCAACAGUGCUUUCGAGAAGCAGUCGACUCGUGAAGUGCUAGUGACUGUGAUAUAAUUUUCGCCGCCGAUUCGGCACAUCACACUGCGGCAAGUCGCGCCAGUGACUGCGAUACAAUUUUCGCCGUCGAUUCGGUACAUCAUACGUCAGCAUAGCACGCUGCGGCAAAAUGGAUCGGCAAAAGUGCGGGAGGACUGUCACAAUAGGCGUCUUCUUGAUCCCGGUCAUCAGUGUUCUCGUUGUUCUUGCGAGGGACCAUGCACACAGAUGGGCUAAGGCAAGAAGGAACAGUUAUCAUUAGCCGAAGAUGUUUCGUCAGACUGUAGCUGUUUCAGUAAUGAAGAUCGUCACAUCCCGCAAUCGUAGCAAUAAUGAAGAUCACCAGGAGCGCCUUACCUCCUGUAUUUGUAUCAAUAUGCAAAUUUAACCUUGUGAAGUUUGCUCCAAGAAUAGUUUCGUUACCAUUCCUACAUGCUGCUCUAAUUUUGAAUGGGAAAUUUUUCCAUCUGGUGGCGAUGUUAUCCCAGACGAAGCAGAGACGAGACAACAUGGAGAGGAGUUCCACGAUGAAAAAAAGAGUGUCGAUGUCGUCGGCGAUGCCCCGAUAGUAUCUCCAUCGAGCUUUGUGGCGUCGACGGAAACUGCGACCACGACGGAGGAUCCGGAGGUGAAGGUAGAUACUCAAUCAUGAAUACUACAGCGCCAACAAUAAGUUUUCAGAAUCAAAGUCUAGUCUCUUACUAGUGCAGUCCGUCGAGGUACAGAAGACGGACGUUUCUACCUUUUGCUGAAAAAAGGGGGUGGGUUUUACAAUGUUGUUCUUGUUUACGAAAAACAUCGUCAUCAUAGGCGCGUGCACUCGAGGACAGGAAAGCUGGGUUGGCGGAGCUCCGUCCCAGCCUGACAUUUUUUUCUCACGAUUUUUUUGCCAGCAAGACGCUGAGGAAAAAGGCACUCUUUCCAGACUUGAAGCCCAGAACAGAGGACCUGUCGGAAAAGUGCCGCUUUCCUACACUUGUGUCGAUGUGGGCGAGAACUUAUCGGAAUGCUAUUCGGAAAAUUUACCCCGAUGAUGGCGAACUAUGGAAAGGCCGGAUGGAAAGGCGUGAGCAGCUUAACGAAUGGCGACAUAUAUAUUCAUACGUAUUGAGCAUAUAGGGUUAACCUCAACCUUCACCUUAUUGAGCAUAAAUUCAUGUGUGAUAUUUUUAUAUGCUAUGUGUAACUCGUCCCUUAUGCUUGUGUGAGCAGUACAGACCAAAUGGUGUAUAAUCAUUCGGGAUGGAGCCAUAUUUUAUGAGGAAUUUUGAAUCUAGGACAGACUUUCAUCAUACAAGAUCCUUGUUGGAUUGCACUGCAGGUUUAAAUUUAUCAACCGACAGAAAUCGCAAGCGAAUGAUGAAGACUGGAAGCAUUAUUACGAGACGCUGUUUUUGGAAUACACCGAGCAGGUGAAUUCGGCAUCGUCGAAAAUAGAAUUGCCGACGGCGAGCACCGAUGAUGCCGCUCUGCAGCUCUUUGAGAAUCGUGCGACGCUAAAGGAUUUAUGAAAAUCGGUAGGUGUCUAAUUUUGUCCCGCAAAUCGGGUCUUCAGCGCCACCGCACCCCUGGUUAUGUGUGCACCACUUGAUUUUUUCUAGAGACUUCGUUAGAAAUAACGAUGUAGACAAUUAGAGAAUGACUUCUAAUAAUCUCUAAUGUCUGACCUCAUUCGUAUGGCGAAUACCGCGGGUUACCUUGCGGAGUUGCUAAUAGAGGGCGCGGAAAACAAGCCAUGGAACAGGCUGCAGUAUAGUGCGGAUCCGGAACGGUCAUCAACUAAGACCGUCUUUGGGUAUUUCCGUAAGGAGUCGAGUUCUACAACUAUUCCGCUUUUACGAUACGAAGACGCAGAAAAGGACAUUCAGGUAUUGUCUUACUUGGUCCGAAACACGAUAAAAGACAUGAAUUUUCUACGCUUUAGUAGGAUAAUCUAUUUUCAUCUGUUAUUCAUCAAGUCAUUGUCUGGGUUGUAAAAAAUACCCCUUGAAAACAAGGACAUAAUCAUGUAAAGUUGAAGAUGAAGUAUGAUUUUUUGCUUCGGUAGAUCACGUUCUGCUCAAGGCCCCACUGUAUAUCUUUCUCCUACUUCUACAGAUUCCUCCUCUAUGUACAGGAAGUGGUUACAACAACACAAUCUUUUCACAGGAACUGCAAGCGGAGUGCACCCCGUCGGGGAAGGCAGACACGCACAGUACGCCGGCAGAGAGGCAGUUGCAGCUCCUCAGCACCCCGGCACUUUCCGACGUACAUGAAAAGGUACAGAAACUAAAGUCUAGUCUUUGUUUAGUAACGCAGUGUAAAGAAAUGCUGAAGAUGAGCAAUUGUCCUUCUUGGUAAGAGCAGUCUUAUCAGGAGCGAAAUGAGGAAUGAAGUAUUGGAAGAAGCACAACUUGCUAAUUAAAAUCUUUUAUACCCCCCGAAUGGGUACAUUACUUCGGAUUUGACUACAAUCAACAAUCAUCUUCUAGGUGACUGCAGAGAAUACGAGGAAAGUUGGGCUGGCGGAGCUCCGUCCCAGCCUGACAUUUUUUUCUGACGCUUUUUUUAGCAAGGAGAACCUAAGAAAAUUGUCGCUAUUUCCAGACUUGACGUCUAACACAGACGACCCGUCGGGAAAGUGCUGGUUUCCUACACUCGUGGCGAUGUGGGCGAAAACACUUCGGGGUGCUAUUCGGAAGAUUUACCCCGAUGAUCCAAAUCGAACUAUCAUCGACGACCCGACUAGGCGCCGCGAGCUUAGCGAGCUGCGUGCAGAUCUGAUAUGGGUACUAUUCAGGUCUGUAAUAACAUUCUGGUAAACUACAUUCUCCUACGAGCGUAGAUGAAAAAAUGAAUACGCAUGAUGAGCAACGCGGUGAAAUACUAGUCGAGGAGAAAUGUUGAUGCGAAGACACACUCGCCACAUUCUAAAUUUUCUUUGGGCUUCACUCGGGAUCGAACAUAUCCACCGACAGGUAUCGAAGGCAACUGAUGAAGACAGGAAGCUGUACUACGAGACCUCGUUUUUGGAGUACACCGAAAAGGUACAUUUGGCGGUAAAGCAGCUGCCAGCGGAGCUGGAUCAACAGGUAGAUGAGACGACGCUGGAGGGGCUUCGUAGCUUAUGAGUGACACUUUUUAUUUUUGCGUCCUUUACAAAAAAUGCAAUUUAAGCUGUUAGUGAGUAUCCCUCUUUGCUUUUUCGCUUCUCUUGGGUUGGUCGAUACUUGGCCUAUCUGAUUUAGAUAUGGGAGUGGCAUGGCCAGGGGAAGAUAGAUCUUGAAGGGCGAGUCAGAAGGACUACACUGGAAGAUGUCUAUGUAAGACUGUUGUUUUUUCAUCUCUAAUGCGUCAAUUCACGAGUAUAGCGAACGACGCGGGGUACCUUGUGAGUUUGGAAAUGGAGGGAGAGGAGCCGAGUUAUACAGACAUGAUCCCCCUUUUUCGAUUAUACGAAAGCGCAACACAGGAUAUUCAGGUAUUGUCUUAAUUGGUUCGCAAUACGAUCACCGGCAAGUCUCAGUCGUUGAAUAGAGCAGAGUAGUUUCUGUGAUUCAAAUCAAGAUCUGUGUGAACAACGAGUCUUGUGGAGCAAUGUACUGUAAUAUAACUUGCUUCGUUAUGAAUCAAACUGACUUUUUUCUCUAGUGUCUGUUGUUGGUUCUUCCUCUCCUUUCCAUCCCUCGGAUAUUUACGGCUAGUGGAUUUGUUUCUGUACGCUAUCACAGAACGGACUGAAAGCGUUUUGCCCCUGGUCGGGGACAACUGAAGACACGCACAGGGAAGCGGCAGCGGAUCAGUUGGAGCGCCUCCUGCCUGGACACGCCACGCGGAAUAGCCAUAGUAAAGUCGAAACACUGGAACAACGGGUAGAUAAGCUGUUUAAGCGAUCCGAGGUAUCACAGCUUGCUAUGUAUGUUUGUUCGCCACUCGUCAUGGCCUGAAAGAUUCAAUUUGCUUCAUGGGGCGGAUUAGCUGAUCCCUGUGUCUGAUGCCCUGGUCGAGAUCCCCUAACUGAGGUUUUGUGGCUCAGAAGCCGUAUCCAUCUUGUUGAAUCUCAUUUUUCUUCCAGGUUAAGGUGGACAUAUCGACCCUCCUGGCCACAGUUGCGGAACAAGAUCAGAAAUUGAAGAGCUUUUGCGACUUUGCAAGCAAAACUUUUGGGAGUGGAACCGCCCUUGAUGUAAUGUUUUUUGACGAUCUUUGACUGUGGUCUUCUCAACAGCAUCUCAUCAUUCAUAGUAGUUAUCCUCGUCAUGCUGUCCAUUCUUGUGCUUCUCUGCUAACUACGUGCUUGACGCUUCCUCAGGAACUCGUCGGAUACGGACGCGGCAGGUCGCAAGGAGAUUGGCUUGACGACGAUUUUUGUCCUGAGGAAGAAACGCGUGGGUCUGCGGCUGGCAAUGCCGUAAGUAAAAGACAGGCACCGCGAUCCUGGAGAAUGUGGUGCAUUGCGAAAAUCUGCGCGAAGUACCUGCAACGGGGUGACGCUUUGGAGGAGGGCCUAAAGAGCGCAAAGAACCAUAUAGAGUUAAGAGAGGUCGAUUGAUAUUGAUUGAGUGUUAAGUGAAUGUCCCUCGACGUCUACUUGUAACAUAAUCCUUAGAGCUUCCCUCAAUGGGAAAGUGGUCACGUCUAAUCGAAAAGAGUACAUCGCUGCCUCAAGGAGCAGGUGCCGGGCGGGGUGGAGCCGCGUAGCCGAUCACGCAUAAGGGAUAAUCCUCGUCUUUUGGUGCAAGGACCACAUGAAGAUUGAUUAGCCGCAGAAAUGCUGAAGAGAAUGUGUCUGCGAAUGUCCAUCCAUGAAGGAAAAG